UUCUUAACCUCCCUAGCGGUGUUCCCGAGUGUAGCUCGGGGUAAAAUUUUCUAUACCAAAAGCGGUAACCCCGAGCUACACUCGGGCUUACCAUGCGGCGCUGCUCUGGGGGUCCCUGCAGCACUUACCUUGUCCUUCGCUCCCACGAUGUGUCCCCUCCAGUGUCCCCGGCCAUCUCCUCCGGCCGAUGCCGGCAUCCGGCUUCUGUGUUCCGGUCCCUGUGACGUUGGAACGUACGGGCGCCGGCGCCGGCGGGAAAUUAGAAUUUUUAAAAAAAUUUCAUUUUUG